CUGGACCGACGCCCUCCACUGUCCUCCAGGCAACGCGAACAACACCUUCGUCCUCGACCCCGCCUCGGGCAACCUCACCAUGGCCAGGAGUGUCGCCAGCCCCGUGACCUUCCUUCUGCUGGUGAAGGGCGAGCAGGCCGACCGCGCCCGCUACUCAAUGACCCAGGUCACCGUGGAGGCCCGCGCGGCCACGGGGGGCCCGCCCCGCUUCCCCCAGAACCUGUACCGUGGCUUUGUGGGGCUGGGCUCCGGCGUGGGAGUUGCCGUCAAGGAUGCAGCCGUCCCCUCGCAGCCUCUGAGGAUCCAGGCUCAGGACCCCGAGUUCCCGGACCUCAACUCGGCCAUCACGUAUCGAAUCACCAACGACUCACGCUUCCGGAUGGACGGAGAGACGGUGCUCACAGCCACUGCGCUGGCACAGUUGGGGGCCUUCUAUGCAGAGGUCGAGGCCAACAACACAGUGACCCUGGGCACAGCGACCACAGUUGUUGAGAUAGAAGUCUUGGAGCGGGAGCCCCCCCCCACAGGUGGCAGCCUCUUGGAGGGCCCGCGCUUCUCCGGGACCGACAUGGCAGUCCUGGGCGGGGUGCUGGGGGCACUGCUGCUCCUGGCCCUCGUUGGCCUGGCGGUCCUGGUCCACCAGCACUACGGUCAACGGCUCAAGUGCUGCUCUGGCAAAGCUGCGGAGCCCAGCGGCUUUGACAACCAGGCCUUUCUCUCCGACCCCGAGUCCAACUGGGCGCCGGCCCCAAACGUCGAGCGCGGCCCGGAGCCC